AUGAUCCGGCCAACGGAUUCGUUUGUCCCAAGUGGAUUGGUCCCUUCAACGCCAGUUUCAAGCAGUGGAUCUCCCUUGAAAUUUGUCGAACGACGAAAAGGCCGACAGUUGUUCAUGAGCAACAGAGAAGACAAAGAUGAAGCUGCAGUGGAAGAAGAGGUUCGACUGAAAAUCUUGGAUAGUCGAAGAAAGCAAGUUCGUACAGCAUUAAAGGCGGCAGAGUCUUUGAGAAAUUUUCGACUCUCCAAGGGUUUUGUGCCUGAACUUGAUGAAAAUGGAAAACCUUUACAGUCAGAUGGAAAAUUGGCGGUCAGUUUGACAGCUUUUGUGGUAGCAGGUGGGGCAGUGGCAUUGCGGGUGGGUGGUCGCGCGGCUCUCGUCUCUGCCGUCGGACUGGAUUUUGUCACGGACAAUCCAGAGCUCAAACAAAACCUGGACCAAAUCUUGACGUAUGCCGAUACCAUGGAUCCACUGACAAAAGGUGCAGCCUUUGUUGCUGCUUGGACUGCAGUGAAAGUUUUCUGUGUUGACUUUGCUGGUGUGGCGUUAGCUCUGGCUUCAGGAAUUUUGUUCGGUGGGGUUUUGCAGGGUGCUCUGGCGUCGGCUGGAGCUGCGACCAUUGGCAGUUGUGUGGCAUUCAGCCUGGCCAAACUAGAUACUCCCGUGAGAAAGAAAUCGUUGGAGCUAUUGGAUGAAUAUCCAUCCUUGCGUGGAAUUGAAAAGGUAGUUGCAAGGGACGGCUUGAAGGCUAUACUGACGCUGAGAUUGGCUCCUGUCCUACCGAUACCAAUUGGUAUGUACAACUAUAUAUACGGCGUCACCAAAGUGCCAGUAUUCGACUUUGCAGGAGGAAUCUUUCUGGGGUCCCUGAAACCAUACCUUCUAGACAGCUAUCUUGGCUUCUUUGGCAAGUCAGUGGUGGAUGGCUCCAUUUCAGCAGAGACUUCAUGGCAAGACAUCAUUCUACUGGUGGCGCUGGGCGUCAGUGUGUUGAUUGGAGUCUUUGCAUCACAAUUGGCAGCAGAAACAUGGGAAUCUGUUUUGGAGGAAGUAGAGGCCGAAAAAGCAGAGGCAGAGGGACUUGAUCCAGACGAAGUAGAUGACGAUGAUGGCAUUGUCCGUGAAGUUGCCGGUGUUCAGUUGCCACAGUGGAUAGUUGGCUUUCAACUUGCAUUACAGCAAGGCAGUGAUCGUGUGAAUGAGCUGAUUCUCGAUGAAUUCGAGGCACAGGUAUGGAAUUACACAAAGGAGGAACCUCCACCAGCUGAUAUCGAUCCUGCCUACGCAGAUACCAGUCCAGAAGUUGUUGGUGCCAACAAGGGAAUCGACUACGUUGGUGGGCUUUGCGACGGAUUGGUUUUGACGCCAAGUCUCUUUUCAGUAUUUCUGAAGUACAGCGAUCCAUUGUACAACGAAGAAGAAGACGAACAAAUUGCAAAGAGGAUUCGUCUCGACCCGUCGAUAUGGCUUCCACAACAAUAUACUUCUGAUGCAGCGACGAGCGCUAGCUCCGAGCCAACGGCAACAGUACCAUCCAUCGUGGACGAGAAAGAACAAUUAUCUCAAAAGACACUUUUGUCGCGGUUAGAUGAUCUGGAAAGCAGAGCAAAACGAAGGCUCGACUUGGUCAACGAACGGUUAGAAGAUCUGUGA